AUGAUGAAAAAAAUUCGUCUUAUACUUGUUACUUUACAUAUUUUAAUCACAAUUUUCUUAAUAUAUAAUCCUCAUUUUCAUUUAUCAUUUGUUGUAAAUUCAUUAAAUUAUGAAAAACAAAUUUCAUUCAUUAUUCAUUAUAUUAUUAAUUUAUUUUGUAUAUCAUUUUAUCAUUCAUCAUGUAUUAUUGCUAUAUGGUAUAGUCAUCGUUAUAGUACUAGAAUAAUAGGUGCAACAGGAAUAUUAUUAAUUGGAGAAUUUUUACAACUGAUUGCAAAAAUUAUUCAGCAUAAAAUUGAAAUACAACAUAUUCUAGUUGGAGAAUUAUUUAUUAAUAUUAUUACUUUAUUAUUAUUUUUAAUAGCUAUAAUAAUUACUUUUAUGUUAGCAAAAAAAAUUUCUCAACAUGAAAAAGAUUUUAUGCGAGUAGAAUUAUUAACAAACACUUAA